AUGAAGCCGUACAAAGUUCAAUUAGUGCAAAAAUUGAAGCCGCAUGACCAUCCGAUGCGUUUUCGGUUCGCCCAAUGGGCUGAACAACGCUUGGUUGAAGAUAAACAUUUUUACCGAAAAAUCAUUUCUGACGAAACUCAUUUUCAUCUCGGUGGCUAUAUGAACAAGCAGAAUUGUCGUAUUUGGGGAUCAGAGAAUCCGCACGUCAUCACGGAGAAGUCGAUGCAUCCACAACGAGUGACUGUUUGGUGGGGUUUUUGGUCCGGCGGCAUCAUUGGACCAUUUUUCUUCGAAAAUGAGCAAGGAGCUGCCGUCACUGUCAAUGGCGAGCGCUACCACGCCAUACUAAACGAAUUCUUGCUUCCCAAAUUUGAAGAGGAGGACACAGACGACAUUUGGUUUCAACAGAACGGCGCACCUUGCCACACAGCCAACGCUACAAUCGAUCUUUUGCGCACUGUCUUCGAAAAUCGCAUAAUCAGCCGAAAUGCUGAUGUCAAUUGGCCGCCUCGCAGUUGCGAUUUGACUCCACUGGACUAUUUUUUAUGGGGAAUCGUCAAGGAUGAGUGUUACACUAACCAGCCAGAAACGAUUCAAGAAUUAAAACAUGAAAUCAAAGUUGCCAUCGAUGAAAUACGCGCCCAUACAGUGGAAAAUGUACUGAAAAAUUGGGUGGAUAGAAUGGGGUAUUGUGCAGCCAGUCGUGGAAAACGAUCCGAAGUUCAAAGAAAACGCGAACUGAUGUUCCAGAUGUUAACCAGUCUAAUUGAGAAACGUCUAAUUGAGGACUAUGAAGGACCAGAAAUGAAAAAUGAGCUGGAUGAAUGA